UGUGCCUUCUCUUCCUGCCAGUCAUGCUUCGACUGCGGAGCCAAGAACCCCAGCUGGGCCAGCAUCACGCACGGGGUCUUCCUGUGCAUCGACUGCUCCGGGACGCAUCGCUCGCUGGGGGUGCACCUGUCCUUCAUCAGGUCCACGGAGCUCGAUUCCAACUGGUCCUGGUUCCAGCUGCGGUGCAUGCAGGUUGGCGGGAAUGCCAAUGCGACGGCUUUUUUCCACCAGCACGGCUGCACGGCCAGCGCCGCCAACGCCAAGUACAACAGCCGCGGCGCCCAGCUGUACCGGGAGAAGAUCAGGACGCUGGCCUCCCAGGCGACCCGGCAGCAUGGCACUCAGCUGUGGCUGGACUGCGGGGAUCACGUGCCCCUGUCCCCUACGUCCCCGCACAGCAAGCAGGAAGACUUCUUCGCAGUGCACACGCAGAUCACGGCAGAUGACAGACUGGAGCAAACAGAUCCCGCGUUAGAAGAGGACCUCUCCCUGGCCGUCCGGGGUGCAGCAGAGGGCGAGCCGGAGCAGGGCCCUAGCGUGGAUCUGCUCAGCAUGUCUCCCAAGGCUGCAUUAGCUGACCCAACAUCCACAGGACUCGCGCAUAGCAAAGAGAGCUCCUCGCUCCUCAAGAAGAAGGCCGCCCCCUCCAAGAAAACGCUCGGCUCCAGGAAGGGCGGGCUGGGGGCGCAGAAAGUGAGCGUGCAGAGCUUCACCGAGAGCGAGCGGCGGGCCCAGGCGGUGGACAAGAUCCGAGAGCAGGAGGACGUGGGGGUGAAGAAGGCCGCCGAGCAGGACGAGCCCAUGUGGGGGGUGACAAGCCUGCUCUCUUGCAGCGGCGUGUCCCACUCGGUGCUGGCGGACAUGCACACCAUCCGGCAGGAGGCUCCGGGCGGGCCCCGGCCCGCGCGCAGGGCGUACGUGGAGGACGAGGACGAGGAGGAGGGCUCCCUGUUCUCCUCGAGGACCAGAGUGCCCUCGAGAUACACGGACGAGCCCGCAGAGACGUCCAGCAGGUUCUUCUCUCAGUGGGAGGACAGCAGUGACUCGCUGUGGAAGAAGGAGAGCAGAAAGCUGGAGCAAGACAUCCUCCUGACGUCAAAGAAGCCGGCGUCCAAUGACAGGCCCACUAAUCGAAGGAAACCCGAGUACGAGCACGGCGCCCACACGGACGAGGCUCAGAAGAAGUUUGGCGAUGCCAAAGCCAUUUCCUCUGACAUGUACUUCGGGAAGCAAGACAACAGUGAGGCAGGUGUCCCGCGUUUCCUUUUAUCCCCGGAGAUCGGAGCGCUUCUCCUUCCAGUGGCGCUCCUGCUCCGUCGCGUGAUUCUUGAGAGAGCGAUGUCCCUGUUGUUUGGCCUCUUACCGUUCUGGAGGACCUGCUGCACGACUGCUGGUGGUUAUUUCAGGAGCAAACUGCACUGUGGCCUCGCUGUCACCCACACUUCCCCCAGCUGGUCAGAGCACAGCUCGCAAUGUUCAAAUACACCAAUGAGAAAAGGGGAGUGGAAACAUGCCUUGAUUGAAAGCAAUUUCAGAGGACCUCCAAAAGAGUAGUCGCUGCUUGUCAUUUGAUGGUUACAAAACCAUUUCUAGACAUUAACAGCUCCUUGCAUCCACUGUCAAUCAAUGGACAAUAUUCAAGGCCAGAGUGACUCUCCCCAGGACUGGCCUUCCUGCCUGUACCAUCCUGGAAAAUCAUCCAGAAAGUCAUCGAGAACCCCAGAGCAACAUCUAAGGAUCUGCAGGCCUCUGUC